CACCAUGGCGAGCUUCACACAUCGCUGGUUUUAAUUCUAGGCACACUGGCUUAGGAAUUUUAGCAUCCGUCAUCUUUUAUUCUUUGCUGUAGUUGACGUUUUUCUGAUUUAUCCAUAAUUCCGGAAAUCUUUACUGUGAGGUUUUUUACAACAACCUUUUGUGUCUUCAGAAAAUACACAGCUGUUUAUUUAUUUUACGCAAUAAUAUGGAUUAGGUUUUUCGUAAAUGGUUAAAUGGUCUGGAUAUAAUUUUUCCACCUGACCAUGCAAAAUAUAGCGACGAUAACAACACAGCAUUAGCGUCAUUUAAACGGAUCAUUGCCAUUUUGUAUCUCGAAUCGCUUUUUUCCCUAAGAAGCACAUUUUAUCAAGAUAUUAAAAUAAAUAAAGAUAGAACGAAAGAAACAACAAGAAGACGGAAACAGAAGAAAGAAAAUCCCAAACAGAGUUAUGUCCUUCAGGAGGGGUGUUGUCAGGCAGAGUAAGUUUAGGCAUGUAUUUGCCCAAGCAUGGAAGGCUGAGCAUUGCCUUGAUGAUGUCAGAGUAUCACGUGUGACAUGGGAUGGUCCCCUGUGUGCUGUAAAUCCGAAGUUCAUCGCUGUCAUCAUUGAGGCUGGAGGGGGCGGAGCCUUUCUUGUGGUACCACUUGCCAAGAGUGGUAGAGUGGACCAGAACAUCCCGACUGUGUGCGGUCAUGCUGCUCCAGUGUUGGAUGUGCAGUGGUGCCCACAUGAUGACAAUGUUAUUGCCAGUGCUUCAGAAGACUGUACUGUGAAGAUUUGGCAGAUUCCUGAUGGUGGUCUUACAGCACCCAUGUCUGAAGCUGUUGUGACUCUUGAGGGUCACAGUAAAAGAGUGGGGAUCUUAGCCUGGCACCCCUCUGCUCUUAAUAUCCUGUUGACUGCAGGAUGCGAUAAUGUCCUUUGUGUGUGGGAUGUGGGCACCGGUGAACUGGUGUACCAGCUGAGUGAUGCCCAUCCAGACCUUAUAUACAGCGUAAGCUGGAAUCGUGAGGGAAGUGUCCUGUGCACCACCUGUAAAGACAAAGCCUUACGUGUCAUUGACCCCCGUCGUGGAACUGUAUUGAAGGUGCGGGAAAAGGUUCAUGAGGGCACCAGGCCGAUGAGAGCUGUGUUUCUGGCUGACGGCAAAAUUCUUACGACUGGCUUCAGCCGUAUGAGUGAGAGACAGCUCGCCCUCUGGGAUACGAAAGACCUCUCUGAGCCAAUGGUUACUCAGGAGAUGGACACAAGUAACGGAGUUCUUCUUCCAUUCUAUGACCCAGACACCAACAUGGUUUAUUUGUGUGGCAAGGGGGACUGCACCAUUCGUUACUUUGAGGUGACAGAUGAGUCACCAUAUGUUCAUUUCCUGAGUCUAUACAGCAGUAAGGAGCCACAGAGAGGGGCUGGUUUCCUCAGCAAACGAGGGGUAGAUGUUAACAAGUGUGAAAUAGCAAGGUUCUAUAAACUGCAUGAGCGGAAAGUUGAACCCAUAUCCAUGACUGUGCCUCGGAAGUCUGACCUGUUUCAAGGGGAUCUGUACCCGGAUACAGCGGGAUUAGAACCUGCUCUACUGGCAGAAGAUUGGAUAGCUGGUCAGGAUGCUCCUCCGAGCCUUGUCUCUCUCAGCGGCGGUUACACAGCCCCACCAUCCAAAUGUGGUACCCUCCGGGGUCGACCUAAACUGCUCUCUCAGACUGACACCAGUCUGGGCAGCGCUUCUGCAAUGGAAAACCGUGCGACGGUUGAGAUGGAGAGCGAGGGGUCAAGCUAUGGACGAGGAGGGAGGGCUGUAGAUGGUGGGCUAGAGAGAGUUAAGAAAGAGGAGGACCAGCUUGCAGAUAUUUUAACAGAGGUGCGGGCGCUGCGCACUCUUGUGCUGGCUCAGGGUCACAGGAUUGACGUGCUGGAAAGACAGCUGGGCCGUAUUGAGGAUGGAGAAGUGUGAAUGAAACUCCUUACAUAGCCUUAUUCAGAUUUAAAAGCUUUACUGAAGGAUCAUGGGAAAUGUAGUAACAUUACUGUAGCAUAGCGAUACAAAGAAGUGAUUCAAACAUUAUUGGGAACACAUUGUUGUUAAAUGCACUGACAUUUAAUAUUAUAAAUGCUGCUCCUUUUGUGCUUUUAAUAUGGCUGUAGGAGUAGGUGAGGUACUGACUUUGGUUGUUUUUGGUUGGUUCAGCAUUUGCAUAACCAUGCAAAUUUAUGAAAAGCAACUUUGCUGCUCACUUGGAACAUGCACUAAGACAGCAUUUAUGUAUGCAGCUCCUGAUUGAAAAUAGAUAAAAUCGUUGAAAAUGUAUUAAUCCAACAUGCUGAAUUAACUAGCUUUUCAGGUUUAAGUUUUAAAGUUUGAAGGUGCUUAUCAACAUACGUUGACCACCACUGUUCUUGGGUUAAGCUGCCUUAAACGGCCCCUCUCUUCCAUUUGAUGUCUUAACAAAUGUAGCAUUAAUUUUGGAUGUUGUUAGAGUUUCAUGUGUGGACCCGUGUGUAGCAUGAGUUGGAAUACUUUGUGUUAAGAAAUACUGUAAGAUCAUUGGGUUUCAUUCACUAAGCAUGCGUACGCACAAAUUUGUUCGUAAAAUGUGUGUACAGACGUUUUAACAAACAAAUCAUGGUUCAACACAAACUUUUGUACUAAAAUGUAUUUUAAAUGUAUGCAAAAACAUAGGGACAACUUAGACCACAAGUAUGCAAUAAUCAAAAACAUAUAUAAAAAUAUAACACGGAUAUAUAUUAUAGGGUUAUUUUUCCUUGUUCGUGAUUAUUGCGUACGUGUGGUCCAAGUUGUUCUUACGUUAUUGCAAACAUUUAGAAGAUAUUUUAGUGUCAAAGUUUUUGUUGAUUCAUGAUUUGUUAGUUAAAACGUCCGAACGCAUAUUUCACGAACAAAUGUGUGCGUACGCAUGCUUAGUGAAUAAUGAUAGCUCACUGAGCAACAGAGGAAGCUCUCGAUAUCUUAAAUACUUUCACACAUUAGAUCUCGAAAAAUAAGAAACUUUAAUUUGCCUACAGAAAGCAGACACAGCAGUCCUAAAAUGAUUGUAGUGCAUUUUUAAUGGUACAUUGGAGUGCAUAAAACUUUACAGUUUAAUUUAAAACUUUGGAGGUGCCAUGGGUUAUUAAGGAUACUAAAACCAACAGCAAUUUUGAUAGUGUCACACUAGUUUGGUAAAUCAACCUAUAUGUUUUUUCUUUAGUACUAGUAGCAAAAAUAUUUUACCAGAAACAAAACUUGGCUUUUAUAACAAUGUCACAAUGCAAAAUAAUGAUUGGAUGCAAUUAUUAUUGGAUACGAUAAUUGGCCUUAUAUUAGUCUAAAUCAGUGGUAAUCAACCUUUUUCCAUUUAGGGCCCACAUCAAUAUUGAAGACCCCCCAUCUCACACUUUCUACAAAGUAAAAAUAUAAUGGAGACUGGGCAGGUGUAUAUUUGUUUAAAAAAUAACCAAACAUUAAGGAAUAUUUUGAUAUUUGUUUGUAUAAGCUUAUUUAAUGCUCGUUUUGUCUUAUUUGGAAUCAAUUUAAGUCAUCUUAAAAGCCCCCUUGGAAAUUUGUUAAGGCGCUACGUGGGCCCGAGCCCCCUGUGGCCGGUUGCAAAUACAUAGCCGUGACGUUAAGACUGCGUCUUAAGAAUGAGUCUGACUAACUAGCAAUUGGUUAGGGCUAAUUCGUUUUAUUAUUUGGAUUUAAAUUAGACCAAUCUACCUUUCCAUGUAGCAUACUUAAAUCAGUUAUGAUCAGUCUUGAAGUCUUAAAGGUUUAUGCAACCGGCCACUGGUUGAGAAACACUUGUCUAAAUACUAUGUGCUUGCAUAAGAAAACAAAUACAAUGUAUGUAUAAUAUACAUAUGUGUUAAUAAAUUGUACUUGCAUUUAAAGUAUCUGCAUGAAAUUUCACUCUUGGAACUAAGCUUACCCAGAACACAUAUGCGCACAUUAAGUAUAAAAUGCUUUUUCCUAUGCAAGUACACAGUAAAGGUAUAUUAUACCUAAUAAAACAUGGGACCAAAUUAUUAUUUUUUUUAAUGCAAAAUAGAAUUUCUUUCUUUUGAUUUCAGGGUGAAAGAAUUUUCGAAUAUGCUCUUGGCAGGUUUCAUUUUUUUACUCCUUAUCUUCAUUGAUAAACAACUGUGCUUCAUUACUAUUUGAAUGAAUUUAAAAUAGUUAAAUUAUGUGUUGUUAAUAGGUCUAAAUUUUGUAUUUGUAAUCAUGGGCACUACAAUCAGGGAUGAAAGUUCAGGGACAACUCAUCCUCCUGAAUGAUGAAUGAUUUUGUUUGUCUAGCUUUUUACUCGCCGUAUGUUGUAAAUUAUUUAAUCACUCAUCUACUUCAAAUGUAACUUAAUCUGUUCUUUUUAAAUAAAGACAAUUCAUUCAUAUCGUUUGAUUAGUUGAUUUACAAUACGUUUUUUUUUUACAAGCAAAUGCAUAUGAGGUAAAAAUCAAAUGGCA